AUGAGCCGACAAGGACGUCCUCUGUGUUGUUCCUCAGUGAAAGAGGACCCCGAGGAGAUGAGGAGGUUGGGAAAGAGGUUUAAGAAACUGGACCUGGAUAACUCGGGGUCUCUGAGUGUGGAGGAGUUCAUGUCUCUGCCUGAGCUCCGGCAGAAUCCGCUGGUUCACAGAGUCAUCGACAUAUUCGAUACCGAUGGAGACGGCGAAGUCGACUUCCAAGAGUUCAUUGAAGGAGUCUCACAGUUCAGCGUCAGAGGUGAUAAGGAGCAGAAGCUACGUUUUGCUUUCAGGAUCUACGACAUGGACAAAGACGGCUACAUUUCCAACGGAGAGCUCUUCCAGGUCCUCAAGAUGAUGGUGGGAAACAACCUGAAGGACACGCAGCUCCAGCAGAUCGUCGACAAAACCAUCGUCAACGCCGACAAAGACGCAGACGGCAGAAUAUCCUUUGAGGAGUUCCGUGCGGUCGUCGGGGGGCUGGACAUUCACAAGAAGAUGGUGGCGGAAGUCUGA